AUGGAGACGCUGAACUUACGCGAGCGAAGGAGGUCUUCGCAUGGCCAGAGACUCACCAAGGAUCGGAUCGGGGCCCCUUUCAACUUCAAUCACGUUCAGGGUGUUUACCAGGACUCGCCUCAGCAAUACAUUAUCGAGGGUGUUCGUGAUCUCCACUCGCUGGAGAUACUUCAGAACAACUUGCUGCAGGCGAAACAACAUAAGGAGAAUAGUUUGGCUCUAGCUGCCGCGCAGAAUAGAUCCUUCGAGGAAGAAGACGGAGCCUCUGACUCGGACGCUUCAGAUUUUGAAUUGAUGAUGUCAGAGGCUUCAUUGAAUGAAACUCCCCGAAAAAACAAAAGGAAAAUGCUUGGAAACAAGCGUCGGAGCUCUUCGAAGUCAGCCUCGUCGCUCAGAGCCCUGGAAGAGCAACCCAGUCUGGAAAGAGAUGUGAACCGACCGUCGUCGCCGGAUCUCGAAUUGCGCGAUCCGGCGUUCUUCGACUCGCUGUUGACAGACACCGGUUCCCCUCCGACUGAGCCGUGCUUCUCGUUCAUUUUCGAUCCUCCGUAUAGCUCGCCACCACCGUCCUUCUGGAGUCUUCCUAAUUCUGCAUUUUCGAGAGGUGGCAAACGCCAAGGUUCGACCGGCAGCUACUCGGCGUCCACACCUCAGUCGGACAGCGAAUACAUUCGAUCUUCGUCGCUGUCCCUAUCGUCGUCAACCACACGGCAUUCUUCCGAAGACGAGGAGUUAUCUGCACAACUAUUGAUCGGUCAGCCCGGUGGCGUACCGAUGCACUUCGCCAAGUGUUCGCCACGCGUCACCAAAGUAUAGGACAACGCGGACAUGAACCCCACCUUCUUACGAUAUAAAUCUUGUUCAGGUAAAGAACCAAGGCUCAUGCAAAAGCACGUCACCUGUGAUCCCGUACACCGCGGCUGUAAGCUCGACUAACGACGAUCGUGUGAUCAGGGCAGGCAAUAUUCGAAGUAAAACUUAUCUCGAUCUGCCGAAGACUACUUCGGGAGAUUGUUUGAAGAUUGGAAAUCCUCGCGGCGAAAAUUUUGAUCCGGCGUUGAUGGAGUCGUUUGUCUCGCGGCGCAGCGAACAAUUGACAAAAAUUGCCAUGCUGUAUUCUUGUGAGAUGGCGUCACAUACGUAAUUUACGAGGGAUAGCCCACCUUAUCUGCGAUGAUUACUCCACCACUGAAUAUAUUCACGUCUAUUCAUGCAUAAAUACAUUAAUAAUUUAGUUUAGCAAUAGAUAUCGUCCAAGUGCCUGGCGGUGCAAAGAAGUGCCGAGGCCGCGAACCUUUGAAGUUCUGGAUAUUCCGAAGUUGCAAUACGUCUGUAAAUUUACCGCAGCAAUAAAUGGCGACUCU